AUGGCCCACACAAAAUCAGUCGACGCUAAAGCAGGUGUGGACACAAGCAGUGUUUUUUCAGAUCUUUUCUCCAGUGUUGGCAACUGCGGAGUAAGUGCAGCAGAUGCUGUCAAGUGUUUGCUCGAAAAUCAAGGACUGAAUGAACAGCUUUUCAACAGAGUUAUCCUGCAGAACACCCAGAAAAAAUCACCAAAGAAGAAAGUGGAUGCUGCAGCAGAGUAUGCGGUUCCUUGCAUUGUAUCAACUUUUAUGUGCUCUGUUCUGAAGAAGUGCAAAAAUUUCACAUGGUUUGUGAAAGAAACAAAAAUAGCUGAGAGGUACCUGUGCUGCAUUAUGGAUAGGAUAUUUACAGAUGGUCAUGAAUUGCACCCAAAGCUGUACAGUAGUUAUUUAGCCAUUAUUAAAAGCUUAUAUUCACUCUUUGACCUAGUGGGACUAUCCAAGUGCCUCGUCCAGCUCCUGCUGCUGCCGCACUCUGCAUUCAUUGACACUGAUUCAGGUGGUGGCGACAUUGUCAGGGAAAAGCCUUUGGGAAAGAUUCUGUGCAAACUUCUGAACAGAUGGGUCCAGCUGGUUAGAGAUGACCCGACUUUCAUCAAUCAGUCACAGAUGCAGCAGUGGACAAAUGAACACCCUAAAACUUGCUUCAGUCAAAAUCAAGCUGCUUGUUCCCAUGAGAGUCAGGGACUUUCUACAAAAGGCUGCAUUUCCCUAAAGACUUCAUUCUCAUUGGAGUCCAGCACAAAGCAGUUGGCAGCAUCUUUUGCCCCAGUGUUUGAACUUCUCCCGCACUAUAAAAAUGAGAGCCUCCAGAAGUUUGUAAUUUUCACCAUGGGACAUCUACCAGAAAUGGUAAAGAUCUUCAGGCCCAAUUUGUUUGUCACAAUUUUUCAGUUUCCUUUAAAACUGAAGACUGGUUCUUUGGCGGAAGAAGUUGUUACAGUUCUCAUUGAGAAAGUC